CCAGUCCCGGGGGGAGGUGACUCACUGCCCGGUCCCGGUACCAGUCCCGGGGGGAGGUGACUCACUGCCCGGUCCCGGUGCCAGUCCCGGGGGAGGUGACUCCUGCCCCGGACGAUUUCCUGUCUCAGAUUCUUUUGAAAUAGGCCAUACGACUGAAGAUAUAAUCAUGCCAGAAAAUCCUUUAGCAGUUGAUAAACAGCAGGUACUGCAAGCACUGGCUCGCUUGCAGACACGAUUACGUGAGAGGGGAGAUUCAUCUCAACAUGAGAAGCUAAGCAUUUUCCGUGAUACAAUUGAAAGCCCCCUGUUCAAUCAAAUAAUAACUCUUCAGCGUUCCAUCAAACAGCUGAAGGAACAGCUGAACCGCAUGUCCAGAAAUGCAUCACCUAAUUUUGACUUUUCACAAACGGGACUCUUGGUGUUCAAUGCAGAACAUUCUUUUGGUAAUGCAGCUUUGGCAGAAGAUGCAAAACUGUUUCCAGAUGUUCCAAUUUAUGACCAACCAAGACCAACCAGGCAGACACCUGAAAGAACACAAGAGGAGUUUGAUAAUGUCAUUCAAAUUUUAGCUCAGGGAAGACAAGUCGAACAUAUUGAAUUGCACAAGCCAACAAAUGGAGGCCUAGGAUUCAGUGUGGUCGGUCUUAAAAAUGAUAAUAUGGAUGAACUUGGUAUCUUUAUACGGGAAAUACAGAAAGGAAGCAUUGCAGAGAGGGAUGGCAGGUUACAAGAACAAGAUCAGAUAUUAGCCUUGAAUCAUACGCCAUUGGAUGAAAACGUUUCUCACCAAGAAGCCAUUGCAAUGCUCCAGCAGACCAAAGGAUCAGUGCAUUUGGUCGUAGCCAAAGGAUCCCUUCACAGAGCAUAUACUAAAUCAGCAGAUAUGGCAACCUUACCUUUUUCUUCACAAUCAACACAGUGGGGGCUUGUGGAAGAAAUUGAAUUGGUCAGUGAUGGAUCAGGCUUAGGAUUUGGAAUUGUAGGAGGAAAGCCGACUGGAGUAAUUGUGAAAACCGUUGUUCCUGGAGGAUUAGCUGAUCGGGAUGGACGGCUUAAGACUGGUGAUCGUAUACUCCAGAUUGGAGGCACUGAUGUCCAGGGAAUGGGAAGUGAACAGAUUGCUCAGGUGUUGAGAAACUGUGGUAAUCGAGUACAUAUGGUAGUGGCCAGAGAUCCUUGGGGUGAUUUCUCCUCUAAACCUUCAAAUGUUAUUCCUUCUAUGACAACUCAAGAACAUUCCAAUAGUAUUUCUACAGAUAAUUAUGAAAUUAAUAAUAUUGAACUCAAGAGAGAUGGACAAAGCCUGGGCAUUACAGUUGUUGGUUAUGUUGGUGCUUCUCAAAGUGAUACCUCUGGAAUUUUUGUGAAAAGCAUAAUACCAGGGAGUGCUGCAGAACAAAGUGGAUGUAUUCAGGUUCAAGACAGGAUCAUUGCUGUUGAUGGAAUUGAUAUUCAGGGACUUACAAACCAAGAAGCAAUUGAUGCUUUACGAAACACUGGAAAAACUGUCAACCUUACACUAGCAAGGAAGAAGAUUUGUAAUGACUACGAAUCCUUUGAAAAAGCAGAACUUGAUAAUGUACCACAUGUGACAAAUGCACUUAUCACUGAAAGCAGUUUUCACUCUGCAGUUGAAGAGCAAGAAAAUGCAUGUGUAAAGAAGCAGGAAUGCAAGAUUGAUGAAAGGUUUGCAAAACUUAAUCAACUUGACCGCACACAUUUGACGUCCUGGCCUAUUUGUGGUACAACACUUGCUACAACAAAUGAAGAAUUAAAGAGCAAAUGGACAAAUUUGUUGGGGGCAGAGUAUGAAGUGAUGGUGCUUAAUGUGGACACUCAGAUCUAUGAUGAUGCAGAUGUGCAGAAAUAUUCUAAGUUGUUACCAGUUCAUACACUGAGUCUUGGAGUGGACCUGGACUCAUUUGAUGGACAUCAUUACAUAUCAUCAGUUGUGCCUGAUGGACCAAUAGGCCAAACUGGAUUAUUACAAGUAGAAGAUGAAAUUUUAGAGGUGAAUGGAAAGCAGUUAUAUGGAAAAUCGCGCCGGGAAGCAAUUUUAUUUCUGAAAGACAUGUCCCCUCCAUUUACCUUGGUCUGUUGUCGGCGACUCUUUGAGGAGGGAAAUGAAAUGCCUGUAGAUGAACCUAAUGCCAUGAAAACUGAAGCUUCCCAGGCUUCAGAGAUGUAUGAGUUGAUUCGGCCACCCUCUCCCUGGAGUAGUGAAAAUUGUAGCCACCAGGUGGACAUGGAUACUGAGACAAAUGCAGAAGAGGAUGAAAUUGGGGAGCUGGCUUUAUGGACUUCAGAUGUGAAAGUGAUUGAGCUGCAUAAAGGUUCUAAAGGUUUAGGUUUCAGCAUUCUGGACUAUCAGGAUCCUUUAGAUCCCACACGCACUGUUAUUGUUAUUCGCUCUUUGGUGGUUGGUGGGGUUGCUGAAUGUGAUGGCAGGGUGCUACCCGGGGAUCGGCUCGUCUUUGUCAAUGACCAAAAUCUAGAGAAUACUGCUUUGGCAGAAGCUGUUCAGGCUUUGAUUGACGCUCCGUCUGGCAAGGUCCGCCUUGGCAUCUGCAAACCAAUGGUGACUGAAGCAAAUGAAAAUGACAUUUCAGACUUCACUGGCUCAAUUGUUACUAGAGAAAAUAUAAAAGAUGAUUUGGAUGUAUUGAAUUUAGCUUAUUCAACAAAUCUGCCAGUACCCCAGGAAUUUGACGAUGCUUCAUUUUCUCAAGAAGAACUAGUUGAUGAACCGGAGGUGAAUUUAAAGUUCUUGAACUUAGAUCCCAGUCAGGCUGACAAUGCAGCUGAAGUUUUGACAACUGAGACAUUAGCAAGAGAUCAAUGGACCCAGAAUAAUGAACAGCAGCAAAUGUUGGUGGGUGACGAGAAAAAAGUGAAUCCAGGAAUUUAUGAAACAGUUCAUCAGCAGUAUAUGAAUAAUCAGCUGGAAUAUUAUGAACCCUCAGACUUAACAACUACAAGUACAACUAAUAACCAACUUCUUAAUACCUCACCUUUAUUUCAAUAUAAUACAAAUGGCCAUGAAGAGAAGUUCAAUGGAAGUUCAUUGUCUUCUUCUACAAAUAGGGCAACCAUUGUCCAAGCAAUGGUGCCAGAAGAUUAUGAAAGAACUAUCACCAUAAUGAGAAAUGGCCAUGAUCUAGGAUUGAGCAUAAAAAGUGAUCACAGAGGACCUGGGGCAAUCAUCAAAAACAUUGAGAAUGAGGGAGCUGCUGAAAGAGAUGGACAACUCCAGAAGGGGGAUUAUAUUGUUGCUUUGAACAUGGAGCCCUUUAGUGGUCUAAGUUCUACUCAGAAGCAAUUAACUUUUGCCAGUCAAGCCAUCAAUGAAGAAAUCAUGAUUACUUACGUACCGGCAAAGGAUGUGGAUCACUAUAAAAGUAUUGCUUCAAAGCAAACCAAAUCUAGCAGUGCUACAAAAUUGGCAACGGAAGCCAGGAUGAAAGCUGCUGCAAGUGAAUUACCUGAAAGAGAAGAAGGUGAAGGAGAAGAAACCCCAAUCUUGAGUCAUUGGGAGGCACCACGAAGAGUUGAGCUUUGGCGAGUACCAGGUGAAUCACUUGGCAUUAGUAUUGUUGGUGGCAACACAGUAAUAAAAAGACUGAAAAACGGUGAGGAAUUAAGAGGAAUUUUUAUUAAACAUGUCUUGGAGGAGACUCCAGCUGGAAGAUCCAAUGCUUUGAAGACUGGGGACAAAAUUAUUGAGGUUUCUGGUAUUGACCUACAAAAUGCCACACACGAUGAGGCAGUAGAUGCCAUAAAAAAUGUUGGAAAUCCAGUUGUUUUUGUGGUUCAAAGUUUAUCACCAACUCCACGACCGUAUUCUGUAUAUCAAAGCAAAACUGAGCAAAAACAAGAAAAAGGAAAGAAAACAACUCUGGGCCCUAAUAGAGCUGGUCCACCACCACCUAUGAGACUGCCUCCACCUUACAAAGAACCUACAAGUGUGAAAUUAUCAGCAUUGGAGGAGUCCGAAGCAUUCCCAGAUACUGGCAGGGUUCCUAAGGAAGAAAAUGAAAGUGACCAAAAAAUCAGGCAAAAAUAUGGAGACCUGCCAGGAGAUCUACAUAUCAUUGAGCUUGAAAAAGACAAGAAUGGUCUGGGUCUCAGUCUUGCUGGCAACAAGGACAGGUCCCGUAUGAGCAUCUUUGUAGUUGGCAUCAAUCCUGAAGGUGCCGCAGGGAAAGAUGGGAGAAUAAAGAUUGGAGAUGAACUUUUGGAAAUCAACAGCCAGAUACUUUAUGGGAGAAGCCAUCAAAAUGCAUCAGCAAUAAUAAAGAAUGCUCCAAUAAAUGUCAAGAUAGUUUUGAUAAGGAAUGAAGAUGCUGUUAAUCAAAUGGCAGUUACUCCUUAUCCUUUGCCACCCAGUCCCCAUUCUGGCGAGAUUCUAGAUACCACAGGAUCAUUGCCCUCCCUGGAACAGACAUCCACUCAAUCAGAUUUUUCAAAUUUCAAGAACGUACACAACAUACUAUUGACAAAGGACCAGAGUGGUCUUGGUCUAGCUAUCAGUGAAGACAACACAAACGAAGGAGUCAUUAUUAAAAGCCUUACUGACAAUGGAGCAGCAAUAAAGGAUGGAAGGAUCAAAGUAGGGGAUAGAAUUCUGGCUGUGGACGAUGAAAGUGUGGUGGCACAACCUCCUGAAAAGGCUAUCAACCUUCUCAAAAAAGCGAAAGGAGCAGUAAAGUUGACCAUCAGUUGUGAGGACAGGUCCCUGCAACCAUCUGCCCUUCCACCACUUUCAUACCUUAACUCAGAUUCUGAGUUCUCAGAUCACACUAAUAUAUCCGCGCCUGCAGUGGUACCAGAUCCAGCAACUUGUCCUAUAGUCCCAGGCCAAGAGACAAUCCUGGAAAUUUCAAAGGGGCGUUCGGGGCUUGGACUCAGCAUCGUGGGCGGAAGAGACACAUUGUUGGAUGCAAUAGUUAUUCAUGAAGUAUAUGAAGAAGGUGCAGCUGCUAAAGAUAAUAGGCUCUGGGCUGGGGACCAAGUCUUGGAGGUAAAUGGAAUUGAUUUACGGAACGCAACCCAUGAAGAAGCUAUAACAGCCUUAAGACAGACACCACAGAAGGUGCGACUCACUGUGUUCAGGGAUGAAGCACAGUACAAAGAUGAGGAAAAUUUAGAUAUAUUUUUUGUGGAUCUUCAGAAGAAAGUUGGAAGAGGAUUAGGCCUGAGUAUCGUAGGAAAACGGAUUGGAACCGGGGUAUUUAUCUCAGAUAUCGUUAAAGGUGGGGCUGCUGAACUCGAUGGAAGGCUUAUGCAAGGUGACCAAAUCUUGUCAGUGAAUGGAGAGGAUAUGCGAAAUGCUUCACAGGAGACUGUGGCAACAAUACUAAAGUGUGCUCAAGGAUUAGUUCAGUUGGAAGUUGGCCGUCUGAAGGCAGGCUCAUGGAUUUCCUCCAGAAGUACAUCACAAGGCAGUCAGAUGAGCCAAGAAAGUGGCAUCAGUAAUCUGUCUAGUUUUGGAGCUGCUGUGACAACUUCACAAAACAUUGCUGGCAGCAAGAAAAAUACAGCUGACUCCUCACAGAGGAACUCGGGUUCAGAUACAGGAUUAAGAACUGUGGAAAUAACAAGGGGAGCAAAUGAUGCACUUGGAAUUAGCAUAGCUGGUGGCAAAGGGAGCCCCUUAGGUGAUGUUCCAAUCUUCAUCGCCAUGAUUCAAGCCAGUGGAGUGGCUGCACGCACACACAAGCUAAAGGUUGGGGAUCGGAUUGUCAGCAUUAAUGGCCAGCCCCUGGAUGGACUGUCUCAUGCAGAAGCAGUUAAUCUAUUGAAGAAUGCCUAUGGAAGCAUUAUCCUUCAGGUUAUAGCUGACACAAAUAUCACUGCUAUUGCAAGUCAGCUUGAAAAUAUGACAACUAACUCCAACUUGAGUUCACCAUCUGACAUUCGAGUGGAAGACCCAGAACCACCACAGUGUAUGAUCAUAACUUUAGAGAAAGGACCAGAUGGACUGGGAUUCAGUAUUGUUGGAGGACAUGGAAGCCCCCAUGGAGAUCUGCCAAUCUAUGUUAAAACAGUGUUUGCCAAGGGAGCAGCGACAGAUGACAACAGGUUAAAGCGAGGAGAUCAGAUUUUAGCAGUAAAUGGGGAAAGUUUGGAAGGCGUCACACAUGAACAGGCUGUCGCGAUUCUGAAACGGCAAAAAGGAACUGUAACGUUAACAGUGUUGUCAUGAACAUUACAAUGUGGCCACGAUUAAUACUGAUAUAUCUGUUUAAAUUCUACCAGGAAAUCAUGCUGAAUUGCCAAAAGCAGGAAUGUAAUUCAACUAAGAUAGUCUGACUUUGGACCUGAAUGUUUUUCUUUUAUUGCAUUGUAGUAAUAGUCAGUAUUGCUCUGUUGAAGGGAGGGGUAACUAAACUACUGUGUGUCAAUCACUGUGCUUUUGACUUGCGAAAAAAACUGCCUAUUGAUCUUACCCAGCUGCAGCUUCUUGACAAAUCUCACCAAGUGCUUUCAUAUUGUGUACCAUGUAGCUACAGUAACUUGCUGAAUCUGGAGUGCCUGAGCCUGACGUUGGAUACAUAGGUAUAGAUUUUGGUCUUCAUAACUGGGGCAAUCAUCUGUUUGAGCAGACCACCCAAUCUUUACAGAACCCAUACAGAUUUAAUUAAUUGAUUUUACUCCUCUUUUCCUUCAUGUAUUAUGUCCGUUGAAUAAUUUAUUUCAUUGAUCUUUUCAGUUUCUGAUUGCAACUUGUGUUUGAAUUUUUUUGUCUGCUUUUUUUUCAAUCCUUGUAAUGGUAAUGAAUUGCAUAUACUGUAUUUAUAAUAUGAAAACUUCUUGAGUCUCAUAUAAUUUAAAAAAAAUUGUGUCCCAUUUGUUAAUGCUUAGAGAAAAUAUCUUACAUGCCAACUAUCUAUUUUGAUUCAUUUGCCAGUAAUUUGCAGGCUUAGUGGACUUUUUUUAUAGAUUAGCAAUAUGAAUUGGUCAGCUCAUUCAGAAACCAGGCCUGGAACUAAUCAACCAUUGUUUUCUCACAUUUGUUGUCUAUGAACUUAAGGCAAAAAAAAGUUUAAAAUAAACUCUUGAUCCUCUCUUUUAACUCAGUGUGGGAAUUGGUGUCUAUGGGGUCCAAUGUGAAAAGGAUAUGUAUUCCCUUUUCUCUUUGUCAUCUCUGCCCUACGCUAUCCUCUCUGCAAGUUAAAACAAAACAUGUUUUCUCCCCUUCCCAGUUUUGAUGGAAAGUUUCAGAUCUGAAAUGUUAGUUCUAUUUUUCUUUCCACAGAUGCUGCCCAACCUGUUGAGAUUUUCCAGUAUUUCCUGUCCUUAUUACAGAAUUCCAGCACAUGAAGGCUUUUGAUUUUUUUUAUAUUAAGUUUUGGUUGCAGCUGCCUUUUUGAGGUAAGGUAGAUCUUCCCUGAUGUGAAUGGAUCAACUCUAUCUAUUUGAAAAUUACUGUCUUUGCAGUUGUAAAGUCACCACAGUUCAAAAAUACGAUAGAUGGGGUUUGAGAUUUUUACUAAAUUUUUUAAAAUGCACAUUCCCAAUUACAAUAGUUAUAGAGCCUUACUAAAUGCAGCACAUCUGAUGUCAAAAAAUUAAAGUAUAACGAUGUCCCUUUGGAAAAUAAUUUCUGUGCCUUCAGUAUCUACAACCUCCAAAUGACUUUCUCAAUCAUGUAGAUGCUGAUUGCCACUUUUGUCUAUUGUAGUAAGAUUGGUUUGAAUGUUGCUUGGGUAAUGUCAAACCUGUGGCCCAUUCCACUCAAAGUCUAACUCUUUGCUUUUACAUAUCACAGCUGUUCUUAAGCUAACAGCCCUUUUGGAAUCUGGUCAGCUUCUGCUCUCCUAGGUUGGCAUGUGUAAAAUAUUUUCUUUGAAAAAUAAACAGAUUAUGCCUGUGGUCACAUUAAGUGUUAUGGUAUCAUACAGUCUGGGGCCAUUUUUGCCUCACUUAUCUCCUUUGGCAGACUUGCUGCCAUGUGCCUUUGGCUCUCAAUUUAUAAAAUUCAGAACGAAUCACUGAAAUUAGGAGCUUACUGUACAGGAAUCGCACUUUUAAGCGUGUGCCCCAUUAUUCACUGCUCAAGCAUUUCUAAGAGUGGACUUGAAUAAGAAGUUCAGAUAAUGUCUUAGUAAUACUUAUUCAAAGGUACAACAACAGAGACUAGUGCCAUAUUUUAUCACAAAUAUGUAAGUCACUCUUUUGUGCUUUAAAGAAGUGACAUAAAAAGAUAGUAAUAAAAAAGCAAUUCUAUUUUGCUAUGGGACUUCAUAUUGCUUCCAUUUUAAUUAAAAGCAGUAGAAUACAUCUACAUUUCUUGUGUGUGUCCAUGAUUCUUUGUGGUGGUAAACAACAACCUCUUGUUCUCACUCAAAUCUACAUUUCAAAACAAGCUUUUGCCUGAACAGAUUUCACAUAUUCACUUAAACAUUUAAUUAUAAAGUUUUGAGGGAAAUGAUAAAUAUGAGAGAUAUAAUACUGCAAAAAUAGUUUACCAGAUCAAUUUAUUUAAUGCAAUAAUUAUUUCUGAUAAGUGGUGUUUUGAAUUUUAUUUCAUAUCAAUGUAAAUUAUAUGAUUAUUUUACAGAAAGCUAAGGAAACUUGUUGGUGUGUGAGCUGAUAUUCUGAAAGUUAAUGAAAUUGUCAUGUCUUCAACUCAGAACCUUUCAGGAUGUUAUUAAUGUGUGUGCUUUCUGGUUUUAAUCCCUUCCUCAUCCAACCUUGCCCUCUCCUCUCCAGAAUUACUGCUCUUGCUAGGCUGUGAUCCCAUAGGUACCACGGAUCAAGGGUAUCUCACCCAAAUGGUUAUCCUUUAUGUAUGAGACAAGACAGUGAAUAUUAGUUUAAUAGUAUAUGUAAUUUAAUUAAGUUUUUUGUCAGUGUAUGAUGUAUUUGGUUGUGUAUGUAACAUUGUGCACAUGUGCACGGUUUAAGAUGAACCUUGAAUAAACUAGAGACAAGU